AGUAGUCGACGUUCUUACUAUCAUUACAUUGACUGACAGUUUCCUUUCAAGUCUCAUUGAUUGUAUCUGGAGCAAUGAGUUUGUCAACUACUUGAUCAUGCGUUCUUCGUGGAGAAGGAUAAUAGACUGGUGUUUGUCAAGAGAAGCUAUAGGUACUGAUAAACAAGGAAACGUAUAUUUUGAAGAAACAAGGCAGACAGGGUCUGUCAGAAAACGUUUUGUAAAAUAUACGAAUCAGUCCAUACCGGAUGUACACAGCGUGCCAGUUGAGUGGUGGUCCUGGUUGCACUAUAUGAGAGAAGAUCCUCCAAGUGAACAGGAGAUCUCGAGUCACGAAGCUCAUCGCGCCAAAGUGGCCGAAAAAGUUGCCAAAAUCGAGGCUGAAGACCGCAAACAAAGACUGAAGCAGUUUGUCUCUGGUACCUCUUCUGGUGAGUCUAAUGGUGAAGAAGUUCAACAAGCUUUGAGAUACUUAGCGCAGCAACGUGGUUUAAAUGAAACUCUGGUCGAUAAUUUAUCAAAACAAAACGACAAGGAGAACAAAGACCUUCUGGAAAAGUCUUCGUUGCAGAACAGCAGUAGGGAAGAACUGAGUGAAACAGCCCCUGAAGAACCGAAGGGUUAUGGGGAAGGAUUUCAGCCAGGAACGUGGAAGCCUUCAAGUGAUAGUGUAAGAAGAGGGCGAAGAACUUAAGACUUGGAAGUUUAUUCUCCUGUAGAAACGUCCCCUAGGAACAGUUGAUCUGCUAGAAGAUGGUUAUCCUGUCCAGAAAUUGGCACAACUUCAUUAUUAGGGUUUUCCUCAGUUUUUGCUCUUCUUCUCUGUCUUUCCUUCUCCUCGUGUUCCAAAUCUUCUAUAAAGAUAUCUAUUUCACUUGAUGUCU